UUGGUUUUCGUGCUUUCAUUCUUCGUUUCUUGUUGUCACUGAUUAUUCACCUGCACAAUUACACUAUAACACAUUUCUGUAUUUUCCUAAACCACGACCCCGUUUUAUUGAUAUUAUAGAUUGCAACUAUCACUAUUCCACGUAAUCUCUGUUCUUCCCAAGCCUGACUAGUGUAACAACAGUGCCUGCCUUCUUUUGGUUUAUCCUGCAAAAGCAAAGCCAUUGUCCUUUUCUUCGGUCAAACUAAUUUGUUUCCUUCUCACAAGAGCUCUGUACACGUUAUUGUCUUUUUCUUGCCAGAUUCUCAUUCUACUGCCUCUUUCCUAAACUCUACUCUCUUCUCUCCUUAACCAAACUCCUCCCAAUAGCUUCCCCCGCACUUUAUCCCAUUAUAUAACAAACUAAUACCACGUUAAAUUAAAAUAUCUGUAUAUUAGAAAAUUAGAACCUAUACCUGUAUACACUGUUCCGUCUUCAGUCAUCAUGAACGGUGCUCCAAAGCACGAACGCCGCUGGGCGUCUGAUACGGUGCCGGAUGUUGCAUUCGUCAGCGGAGGGACGUCGCCGGGAACCGAGUCAUACUCCGUCGCCGACGAGUACGUCGAGGUCACGCUCGACGUUCAAGACGAUCACACCAUCGUUCUCCGCGGCGUUGAGUCGGUGACUGUCGUUAACGUCGACGAAGGCUGUGCUGCAAGCGGAAACGAAACUCCGGUGUCUUCUGCCUGGUCGCCGUCGAUCAGGAGGAGCUCUCCCAGCCGAUGGCGGCAGUUCUCGCAGGAGCUUAAGAACGAGGCGGUUGCGAAGGCGAGGCAGUUCUCGCAGGAGCUCAAGGCGGAGCUGCGGCGGUUUUCGUGGAGCCAGGGAGGAUCUGAAACGGCGUUUUUGCCGCGAGAUCUUAGGAAGCAGCGCGCUCAGCUUGAGCGCAACAGCUCCGGUACGAAGAAAGCGCUCCGUGGACUGAAAUUCAUUAGCAGUAAAUCCAACGGCGCUGAUGCCUGGAAUGAGGUGCAAAGCAAUUUCGAUAGUCUUGCUAAAGACGGCUUUCUCUACCGCACCGAUUUUGCGCAAUGCAUAGGAAUGAAGGACUCUAAGGAGUUCGCACUGGAACUGUUCGAUGCUCUGGGUCGUAGACGAAGAAUCAGGGUUGAAAAGAUCAGCAGAGACGAACUUACCGAAUUCUGGUCGCAAAUUACCGAUCAAAGCUUUGAUUCACGGCUCCAGAUCUUCUUUGAUAUGGUGGACAAGAACGAAGAUGGUAGAAUAACCGAAGAAGAAGUGAAAGAGAUCAUUAUGCUAAGCGCUUCAGCAAAUAAGUUAUCCAGAUUGAAAGAGCAAGCCGAAGAAUACGCAGCUCUGAUCAUGGAAGAGUUAGACCCUGAAAGACUUGGCUACAUUGAGCUAUGGCAAUUGGAGACGCUUCUGUUACAAAAGGAUACGUAUCUGAACUACAGCCAAGCUCUAAGCUACACCAGUCAAGCUUUGAGUCAGAACCUACAAGGAAUAAGGGGAAGAAGCCCGAUACGUAGGAUGAGCCGCAGGAUGAUCUACUAUUUGCAAGAAAAUUGGAAGAGGCUUUGGGUUUUAGCAUUGUGGGUUUCAGUGAUGAUUGGGCUGUUUACGUGGAAGUUCAUCGAGUACAAGCGAAAAAAUGCUUAUCAUGUCAUGGGUUACUGUCUCCUCGCGGCCAAAGGUGCUGCUGAAACACUCAAGUUCAACAUGGCACUUAUACUCUUUCCCGUCUGCAGAAAUACCAUAACGUGGCUCAGGUCCACCAAGUUGGCUUAUAUUGCACCUUUCGAUGAUAACAUUAACUUUCAUAAGACAAUUGCUGCUGCAGUAGUGAUUGGAGUGAUACUUCAUGCCGGGAAUCACCUUGCUUGUGAUUUUCCGAGACUUGUAAAUUCGUCUGAAAAAAUGUAUGAGAAGUAUUUGUACGGCGUAUUUGGUGAUCACAAACCCAGUUACGGAGACCUCAUUAAGGGGGUUGAGGGCAUGACUGGAAUUCUCAUGGUGAUUUUGAUGGCAAUAGCGUUUACUCUUGCAACAAAAUGGUUCAGAAGAAAUCUUAUUAAGCUUCCUAAACCGCUUAAUAGGCUCACUGGUUUCAAUGCAUUCUGGUAUUCACACCAUCUAUUUGUCAUUGUCUAUGUCCUGCUCAUCAUUCAUGGUGUAAAUCUUUACCUCGAGCGCAAAUGGCACCUCCAGACGACAUGGAUGUAUCUUGCAGUUCCAAUCGUCCUUUAUGUGGGAGAAAGAACGCUAAGAUACUUCCGUUCUGGUUUCUAUACAGUCCGUCUUAUAAAGGUUGCCAUUUAUACUGGAAAUGUUCUGACAUUGCAAAUGUCGAAGCCGCCUCAAUUUCGUUACAAGAGUGGACAAUACAUGUUUGUACAAUGUCCUGCUGUUUCUCCAUUUGAGUGGCAUCCGUUUUCUAUUACCUCUGCUCCUGGCGAUGACUACCUGAGUGUUCACAUACGGCAACUGGGAGAUUGGACACAGGAGCUCAAAAGGGUAUUUUCUGCGGCCUGUGAGCCUCCCGUAGCUGGGAAGAGCGGCCUUCUCAGGGCUGAUGAAACCACCAAGAAAUGCUUACCAAAGCUAAGGAUAGAUGGACCUUACGGUGCGCCAGCGCAAGACUACAGAAACUAUGAUGUUCUACUACUUGUCGGUCUCGGGAUUGGAGCAACACCUUUUAUUAGCAUUCUAAAAGAUCUUCUCAACAAUAUUGUCAAAAUGGAGGAGCUGGCGGACUCGGUCUCUGAUUCCAGUAGAGGUUCAGACCUUAGCACUGCGACUGCAGAUUCGCUGUCUUCUAAUAAGAUUUCUCCGAAACGGAAGAAGACACUUAAGACUACCAAUUCUUAUUUCUACUGGGUAACAAGGGAACAAGGUUCUUUCGAUUGGUUUAAAGGGGUCAUGAAUGAAGUUGCUGAACUUGAUCAAAGGGGUGUUAUUGAGAUGCACAACUACUUAACUAGCGUAUACGAGGAAGGCGAUGCCAGGUCCGCCCUCAUUACUAUGGUGCAAGCCCUCAACCAUGCAAAAAAUGGAGUUGAUAUUGUUUCUGGGACUAGGGUGAGAACUCAUUUUGCUAGGCCAAACUGGAAGAAGGUUUUCUCUAAAAUAUGUUCCAAGCACUGCAAUGGACGAAUAGGGGUAUUCUAUUGUGGCGCACCAGUUUUGGCCAAAGAAUUAAGCAGGCUUUGCUUCGAGUUCAACGAAAAAGGUCAAACGAAAUUUGAGUUCCAUAAGGAGCAUUUCUGAUGGAAAUUGGACGUAUCUUCGUAACUGUAACCAGUCAACACAAGUGCAUUGCAACUUAAACCUUCAUUUUAGCAACUUGUCAUCGCCAGAUUAUAAUUAUUCAAUAAGCUAAAAACUUAAGCACAGAAUAUGAUGAGGCAUUGUAUAUACCGGCCAGCAAGAUGGCUGGGCAUUUCAUCAUACAUGUGGUGGUGGCUGCGCAAAGGAGAUAUUGCACGUACAAGACCUCAGCAACACUUAAGUUCUGACAGAUCCCCUCAUUCAUUCUGGCCUAUCGCUUAGACUAUUGCAUAUACCGCAUAGAAAAAUAUACAACAGUUUUGAAAGUGAUAAAAGGAAUAAGGUAGUUUUCCGGUUAAGGAGCAAGACACAGGUCCAACAGGGUGUCUGGAUAAUUUAUUUUUGACAAAAUCAUAAUCGUUUUGUAAUAUUUUUAAAAAUUAUAUUUUGAAAACGAUUAUUUAUCAAAAAUUAAAUGACCACAUACAUAUACAAAAUUUUCAUUUUCUUCAAGUGAAUUCAAUUAUCUUUAUAGAAUAUGGAGGUUAAAGCAAUGUUUCAAGCCUGCUGCUUCUGCUUGGAUUUCUUAUUCAGAAGAAAUAU